AUGUCCCAAAAAUCAAAAUCAAAACGAAAGACACCAAGGCAACAAGGACCCCCGACGACAAGCCCAAACCCAACCCCAUCGGAGUUCUCAUUCGCCAUAGCCAGAAUCGCAGCGUCUCAAAUCAGUCAAUCAGUCGGCUUCAAAGCCACGAAGCCUUCCGCUGUCGAAACCCUAGCCCACAUCGCCAUCAAGUACAUCGAGGCCAUAGCUUCCGCUUCAGCCUCCUACGCCGCCAUGGCCAAUCGCACCAACACGAACGUUUUCGACUUCACCAACGCCCUCCAUGACUUGCAGUCGGUGCAAGGCUUCAAAGGCGCCUCCUUUCUCCACAAAAACGGCUUCUGCGUUUUGGGUUCGAGCGUUUUGACCGAUCUCGCCAAAUUCGUCAGCUGGAACGAGGAAACCCCAUUCGCCAGGCCGAUUCCGCGGGCCGAGAAAUUGGAUACAGAGAAACGGAUUCCGUUUCCGGUGGAAACGGAUUCCGGGAGGGAUUUGCACGUGCCGAGAUGGCUUCCAGCAUUCCCGGAUGUAAAGAAAACGGUCACGAAGAGGAGGAAUGGUGAGGAGUUGUGGGAGAAUAUGGUGGCUGGGAAUGGUGGUGGUGGUGUUAUGAAUGAAAGUGAAAGUGAAAGAGUAAGUGAGAGUGGGAAUUGGAAUGGGAAUGGUGGGAAUGAGAAAGGGUUUUGCUUGGAAUUGGGGGAGGAGAAGAAGAUGGGGAGAGUGAGGUUUAGGAUUGGAUUGGGGGUUGAGGAGGAGGAGAAAGGGGUGGCGGGUUUGGGUUUGAAUUUGAGAAGUGGGGUUUGUAGAGGAGGGAAAAGAGUAUGUUGGAAUAAUAACAGUAAAAUUGGUUACAAUUUUGAUGAUGAUGAUGAUGAUGAUGAUGAUAAAAGAUAG